UGGGUGCGACACGUGCUGGCCAGUGGACCGAUGUUUCGCGUGCGGUCUAAUUUGGGGCAUUUUCCGACGGAGUUUGUUCAGGAAAUUGGUGCAAAGCAGCUUUUGACAAUCGACAUUUCAGAAGUGAUCGAAAUAUCGUUAACCAGUUGUGAGUGAAAUUUUGGAAUUUGUGUGAAAUAUCCUUGCCAGAGAACUACAUUCAACCAAGAUGGAUGAUGUUGAUAGAAGCUGACACAUCUUGAACUGUUGAAAUUUUGUAGGGUGAGGAGCCUCACAGUGAUAAAGAAAAGCUCCGUUCGGUGCGGUGUGGUUCCAACCAUCGGAUGAACCUCGGCGGACUCGAACGGAUACAGUUCGGUCGGCGAGUGGUUCGUUGUGUUCGUGCACAGUUUUAGGACUGGCUUCGCCGUUCAGAUCUGUUUGACUAGCUCGGCUCCAGUACAGGUUGUGCUUUCGCGUGGUGCUGAACAGCGCGGUUAAUCUCUCCGCGACGGGACGUCGGACGUGUCGCGGUUUUUUUGGUUCCAAGUGUCUCCCGUUAGGAAGCGAGGAACGGACGGGGAGUGCGUGCGUGUGUCGGUAAAGUGGAAAUACUAUUGUGAAGGUAGCUUCAUAGCGGGUAGGCGAUGGGUAGUACCGAGUGUUGAAGAACCAAGGACCGAGGUGCGAAACACCCGGGGUGUGAUGAAUGAUUAUUUGCGGUGAAUCGUGUGUGAGUGAGCCGUUCAAUAUCCGGAAGCAGCCCGGAGCCCAAUGAUUGUGGUGUGUUUUUGAAAACGACAAAAACCAGCCCAGAUUUUAGUCUUGACGAAAGGAAGUCAGUCAACGGGGGAGGUGAAAAGUUUAAUCAGUUUGUUUGUGUGGCAGUGUGGAAAAGCGAUUGUCAGUGCAAGUGUUCAAAGCUGUAAAAAUACAUCAAAAUGUAGGAAGGUGUAGAAAGAAAAUGAAUUGUUUGUACUGAAAAGAAAACAACAGAAGGAGAUGAUAACACAGGAAAAACACGUGCACACAAUCAAGCCAAAGUUAGUUCUCCAGUGAAUCAGAACCAGCAAAAGUGUAUUCAUUAGGAACGAAUAGUCGGCGAAAAGUUUUUUUUUUGGGAAAGGAGAUGGAACGAGUAGCUGGAGUUCGCACCGUGAAUCGCUAAUCGUAAGCUUUUCCGAAGCUAGUCUGGAAUUAAAGUACAUUUUCUGGGGCAAGAAAGAGAAUCGAAAGGCACAUCGCUGGACGACGAAGGCGGCGAUGGAACCAUCACCCUCGCCCCACCUUGUUCUUCCACUGUUCCUUCAUUAACCACAUCAAUGAACUGUAGCGAAUUACUAGGUACAGGUACAAACAACCAACCGAGAAUCUUCGCCCAGUGAAAAGCACAGAACUGUCCUCGACGGAUUGGGUGGAACUGUUGAAAAAAAUAACAAUUAAGUGUACUUUCGUAAGUAGGUUCUCUAGUUUUUAGGAUCAUAGCUAAAGAAGAAAACUAGUUCAGUGAGCAUUCGUAGUUUUGUAUCGGUGAUUGAAAUAAAAAAAAAUCCACAUCAUGGUUUCAGUGAAGAUUAGAUUGUCGUAGAUGAUCGAUGUAGCUUUUCGUGCGGAUGUUUCACAGUUCAAUAGUAUGUGUGUGAAUCGAUUUUCUAGGAUAACGAUGAUUAGACGACAGCGAAUAAACGCACAAUGGUGUAGCUCGUAGGUUGCGUGCUCUGUGCGAAGAAGCGGGAUCAGCCGACGGGUGGUGUCCAUUUUUGUUUGACGUUGUUCCGGUGCAUCGGUCGUUUCGAAUGGCACCACUGUAUCGAUUAGGGCGCGAGUACCAGCAUCCAGGAACGACGACGACGACGACGAAGACGACUAGGAAAACAAAGACAGGCUCGGAAACCGUUACUUUCAGCACUGUCUUCUUUAAAACUACGGUAACUGCCAGCCGCGAGCAGGAUCAGGAGGAUCGUGAUCUGCAACAACAAUUGCGGCAACUCUAGCAGCAAUGAAACUAAUGAGCCCACUCAGGGCUGCCAUCCUAGCCCUAGCAAUGGCACUCGCCGAGUCAGCUGGAGAAGCUGAUUACACUCUAGAUGACUCGUUUUGGAACGAGGAAAGUCCUGUCGGUAAGUUCGCCAUUGUUGGUGAGGUGGAGCGACUACUCAAAGAGCACCAACAGAACCAGGAGCUGGUGGAUAAGAUCGGUAGCAAUUUCUACCAGAUCAUCUACCCGGUGCAGCUGCGGCACCACGAAAAGAUGGGCAUCUCGACGCGAGAAGUCGGCGCACCAAAGUUUCCAGCACGUGGCGGCUACGACGGCAGCUACGCUGGAAGCGGAGGUGGCCGAGGACGUUCGAGGACGGGGAAACAUUUUCACCGGACAUCACUUUUGAUAAAAGCUUUUAAUCAUAAAUUUCGGUUAGAUUUGGAAUUAAAUACACAAUUACUAGCUCCUAAUAUUGUACAGAAACACUAUCUCCCCAGCGGGUUCGCGCAGGAUUCCCAUCGAGAAAUCGAACACUGCUACUACCACGGAACCGUCAAGGACUACCCGGGAGCUAGUGCCGCCUUCCACACCUGCAACGGCGUCAGCGGGGUGAUACAUGUCGGGAACGAAACCUUUGUUAUACACCCAUUUUACGGAGGGGAUCUAUCGAAACAUCCACAUGUUAUCUUCGAGGCACGUACAAAAUCAAACAAGGGCUGUGCUAAUUCCGGCAACCUGGAGUGGCGGACGCGUUCGAUCCGCCGGCAGGGCCACCACCAAGGUCUGGUGGCAUCGCAGGAUGCAAACGGAGCCGGCCGGUACCGGCGGGAUGUGCGCGAAACCACCAAGUACAUCGAAACGGCGCUCAUCAUCGAUAAGGCGAUGUUCCAGAAACGCAACGGCAGCACCCGAGCCGAGGUGGUGCACGAUGCCAUCCAGGUGGCGAAUAUUGCCGAUCUGUACUUUCGUACGCUCAACACACGCGUGUCGGUUGUAUAUAUAGAGACGUGGCAGGGCCAAAACCAGGCACAGAUCGACGGUGGCAAGGAUAUUAGUAAAGCAAUAUCUAAUUUUAAUGAUUAUACAUCUAGGAAUUUAUAUAAAAUAGAUAAGGAUACGACGCAACUGCUAACGGGUGAAACGUUUGCAGGCGGCGAAGCGGGCAUGUCCGUGCCGGAAACCGUCUGCACCCCGAAAGCAGUCGGUAUUAGUGUAGAUAUUAAUACGUACGAGCCGCAUCUGCUCGCGGGAACGAUGGCACACAUGAUCGGACACAACAUCGGCAUGGGUCACGACGAUAACCGUGACGAGUGCAUUUGUCGUGACUGGCACGGCUGUAUAAUGUCCCAGUCAAUUGUCGGUUUGGAGAACGUCCAGCCGUAUAAAUUCUCCGAGUGCAGUCGAUUGGAUUAUAUUGAUGCACUGCGGAUCGGACAUGGCCUCUGUUUAUUGAAUAAACCCAACGAGGUUGAGCUCCGAAAAAACUGUGGCAACGGGAUCGUGGAAGACGAUGAGGAGUGCGACUGCGGCAGCGCUCUGGACUGCGACAAGACUGAUCCGUGCUGCGACGGUAUCACCUGCAAGCUGAAAAAGGAGUCCCAGUGCGCUACUGGACCAUGCUGUGAUAAAUGUAUUCUAAAGCCUCCGGGCGUGAUCUGCCGGGACGCGCAUAACGAAUGCGACCUGCCGGAGUACUGCAACGGGGAAACCGGACAGUGUCCACCCGAUGUACAUAAGAAGAACGGGAACCCGUGCGGGAUGAACGCAACCGGAUUUUCCACCGGUUACUGUUUCAAUGGGGUCUGCCCGACGACGGCGGCUCAGUGCGAACGGAUCUGGGGCUACAGUGGCACCGGAGCCGAUCGGGUCUGCUACGAGCAGUUCAACUCGAAGGGUUCGAUCAACGGACACUGCGGGAAGGACACCAACGGCAACUACAUCAAAUGUGAACCGGAGAACAUCCAGUGCGGUUCGCUGCAGUGCAAAGACGGUGAUCGGACGCCGGUGGAGGACUGCAGCGACCAUCUUUACUCUAGGGCAAUUAUUUCAAUUAAGGGAAUCGAAUACGAAUGCAAAAAUGAUGCAUGUUCUCCCGUUGCUCCGUCCUAUCACCACAGGUCGAUAACCGGUUCGUCGGCGGGUGCGGCCACGCCACCGUUCGGGCUGGUCCGCGAUGGGACACCAUGCGGCGAUAAUCUGAUCUGCGUCAACCAGACCUGCGUCAGCAUUUUCCCGUACAUCGACCAAACCAAGUGUCCCAGCAAUCACAACAACCUGGAGUGCUCCGGCAAUGGGGAUUGCACGAACACAAACAAGUGCUUUUGCAAGUUCGGCUGGACCGGACCGGACUGCUCGAUUCAAGCUCAUAUCACAACGACGUACGCAUCCCCAGUAACCGCCUCCACGACGGAUGGUCUCUCCGCCGUAAUGGAAAAGAAAACUACUCGAUACGCAAACUACCACGGCUCAAACACAGUGUUUCUAGUCGGUGUGUUAAUGUCGGUUGUUGGGGGUGUUUUUGUAACGUUUGCUCUGAUGGCUUUGUGCUACAGGUCAGUUGUAGUACAUAAUAACUUCUCCUUGUGCCUAAGAAAGAAAACCACUCGCCUUAAAUACGACCCGCCGUACGUGAAGAAACCGAUGGCCAAGUACGUAGGCGGGGCCGCCAACGCCAACCACCACUCCCAGGAUGACAUCUCGCUCGAGGGUUCCAACAAGAUGAUGUUCGGCAACCAGACCACGCAGUUUAGAGUUGACCACAAAGCCCUCCGCAGGAUGACUGGAACCUCGGGCAGCGAAGAAGAUCCGACGCAUUCCGGCGAAGAAGAGACAGUAUCGUUCAUCGAUCUACCCCCAAACAAUAUCUCGAAACUUCCAGAAAAGGGCAUACUUAAAAAACACGGAUUCGGUCUAGUGUUGGCCGAUAGCAAUAAAGAAAAAUGGCCCGACGACACACAAUCCGAUAAUCUCGAAUUGAUAGCUCAGCAAGAAUCCACUAUUCCUCCAUCAGGUGGCCAGGCGGGCCCAGCGGCCGUUGGCCCCGUAUCGGACGUCGAGCGUACGAUGAAGAGCCUCAAUGGUUAUCACGAGGAUAUCCUCGAAGCCCUACGACGUUCGGCUGCCCAGGUGCCACGCAGUAGCGCCAACACUCCAUCGGGCAGCAUCAGCGAAGAGUUGCUCCGGAAGACUCUCUCCGAUUGCGUCGCCGGAAUGCAGCUUGGAGCGCCCAAUGUCUAUCCCACGGAGCGGGAGUACAAACGUAGCAGUAGUUCACGAACUGGCUCCAAGGAAAACAUAUGCGAUCCCCAGCAGCAUAUACUCAGCGAUGCGGGGGCAACCGCAGCCCUGCUGCAGCAUCAUCGCCAACAGCAGCACACUCAGGACGAAGACGACACACCCUCGGUCGGACCAUUACGUAUCCGAAAUCUAGAAGACCUAAUACGGCAGCUGGAGCACCAUUCGUCACGGCACAUGAGCCCCAGCGGGUCCGAAGAUAUACGGAUGUCGGAAACGGAAGUCGAUCGUCACUAUAGAGUAGAUAGUUCAGCCGCUUGUAGUGAAUCAUCACAUGGCUCAAACCAACAACUAGCUCAAUCGCAGAAAACUGCCACUAUACUGCCGCCCUACAGUAGUCGCUGUCGUCCACCGCGAUCGGACGACGAAUCUCGGUUUUCGUACGGUGGUGGUGGCGGCCCCGGGAGCAGCGGUACCGGUCGUUAUCGGCAUCCAGCAAGCCGUCACCCCACACACCAAUCGCACUCGCCUCAUUCUCCCCACUCGUUCACGCACCAUACCCAUCACGGGCACGCCCACGGCCAUUCGGCGCACGCGGGCCACUCGUCCCAUCACUCGUCGCACACGCACCUGCACCAGGACGACGAGGGUAUCUACGAAAGUGCAGACCCCCAUCCGGUACAUCCGAUUCACCCGCACGAACGGAAUGCCAUGAGCGAUCCGCGCGAUACCAACGAUAGCGAAAGUGAUGACUUAUUUCAAGCUCAACAACAGUUAGCCCGAUGGGCGAGUGAGGACGUGGUUUCCGUGGUGGUAAUGGAGCAAGGAUCGGAUUCGUCCCACGCGCAAGGUCCAUCAUCAGCCAGUACCAUGCACGGCCAUAUUCAACAACAUCCAUCGCAUCAGCAACAGCAGUUGCAUCACGACAACCCUACCACCACCACCAGCAGCAACGUCAAUGGAGUACAAGCAAUGGGCAGCUGUCACAAUAUCAACAGUAUGAACCACCAACUGGUGAACAGCAGAGACUACUAUCCUUCGCCACCCUCCACCGAGACCGAGAGCAGUGGAAGCGUAAUCCAACCGUCGAGACGUGGACCCAUUAUGCCCGGCCCCGGACCAGACGGAAAUCAUAUAAUGGAGAGUACAGGUCGCUAUCCCGAAUAUAAACACUGAUAGUAGUUGAACGGGAUUUGAUCUUGUCACAAAUUGAAUCCCCACUAGUGAAACGUAAUCUCAACAGUUAUCACGAAUACAGCUAAGCAGCACACACAGUGCACACAAAGUGUUUAUCAUCGAGUCGAAUUUAUACUACCGUAAAAGAGCGCCUACUGGGAAAAUGUGAAGACGUCAAACCUAAAAAAUCGUAAUAUAAAGGAAUAAUCACUUUCCACAGAAUAAUUCCAAACAAAAUGGUUGAGAACAGUAUGAAAAAAGUAACAAAGUGUUCACCGUUAUCAUCACAGCAACCUUUCGCUAUAGGUCUCCGGAAUCACAACUAAUAAAAACAAACAAAAGCUGUAUAGGAUAUAAAAAAAAUUAAUAAUCCUCCCUCCCUUUAGGCAUUGAAAAAGAUGUACAAUGGCGGCCUGUUUUUAUCAGGCCAUGGUUGAGACAAAACAAAACAAAAACACACGAAACGCGCACUAAACCAUAUUCAUCAUACGCAAAAUUCGCCAUCAUCGACGUUCAGGAAGCAGAUAGAGAAAAAGAAAAACGCUGAAUCAAAAUAAUUUGUACAGAAAAAGUUUAUAUCACAACAUAACACAGAUGCGGUAGGCCAACGUGAACGAAGCGAGAAAUACUGUAUGUAUGAUAUUUUUACUGAACUACACACACGAACAAAAUAGCACGACAAAUAAGCGAUUAGUUGGAAACAGCCGAAUGGUGCUCGCUCACGAUGGCGCUAGGGAAAUUUAUAAAUAAUUGUUAUAAAUUGAACAAAGCAAACUAAUUGGCUUCAACAUACCCCCACAAACUAAUAGUUUAGAAAAAAACUAAACUCACUGCAUCUCUGGCACAGCAUUCUAAGCGCAUUACGAAUAGGGUCAUUUCAAACUGGGAAAUCAAUUCAAAACAACUGGAAAACAAACGUAUAGCUAGAAUAGGUCGUCCGUGUAGCAGAAGCGAUCGAAUUUCAUAGAAAAUUGCAUUUACAUUAAAACACAAUAGUUCAUUCAUUUUACUAUACCCAGGGCAAAAUUCGAUUACAUAUGCAUCCUUCUUUCUCCGACUUGAAACGAUAGAAAGGGAAAUCAUCAUUACCCAAAAUUAAAGGAAUAUAUGUACUCCCAAAACCGAUGAACAUGUAUACUCUAGCUCGCGGUUGUGUGGGAAAACUUCAAAACUAGCGGGCACAGCACUUUUUGAGUUCCUUUGUGGUCACAAAUGCAGGUGCAAAAUUUCGUUGCGGUUGGUUGCUUCCCGGGUUUGCGCAUUGUGUUCAAAGUUUGUAUGGGAUUUUAUAUGGAAAAAUAAGUUAUUUGCAUUUACGUUAGUUAAGAUCGCUAAUUCACUCAAUAUGAAAAACCAGCUUUAUAAAACUAUAGCCCAAACCUUGAUUAACAACUUUGUCGAAGACGUAACUAGCUACGUGUUUUCAAAAAAUAGUUAUUACGAUUUCAAAGUUAUGGUUCAAUCCAAAUGCAGAAAUUUAUUAUUUUUUCCAACACUGCCAGUGCACCACCGACAUUGAGAUGAAAUGUUCAGAAUGAAUUGCUAAAUAACAUAAACGUAGUCAGAAAAUGAAAAGAAAUGCUGUGGGAAGUAACAUUCACAACAUUUAGGAUUUACACCUAAAAAAAGCUUUUGCUUGAGGUUAAAGCUACUUCAAUUCUGGAAAUCGUCUUGGGUUCUAACCUGAAGUAUGUUUCAGUGUUUCUAACAUCGCCACUGUUUCGCGUGAACCCAACUCAAUUCCAUCAAAAACGCUUGUUUGAAGUAACUAUCCUGGUUUCGUCCCUAGAUUCUCAAACGAAAACGUCAAUAGAAACAAUUCCGAGACUUCAAGAAAUCUAUGGAUAUGCAUUUUUUUUUUAUUCUGACCCUGAACGGCUAAGAAAUAGGGUUUUAAAAUAUGUAAAAGUUUUCAACUGUUUAUAUUUUAUAAGAGAUAACAGAAACGCCCUUAACCCUUUCAUGUCCAACUUUUUUCUAGUGCAUGUAGGGUUUCAAAACUAUUUUUUCUUGAAAACGGUGGGGUUAAGAAACUAGAAAAAACUUUUUUCAUAAAGGUAGGUGCUUCUCUUGCAGUGCUAGAAGCUGUUCAAUUUUUUCCUUACAAUGCUCACUACAAUUCUCCUAGAAUAUUCACAAUAGUCCGAUUGCUUGGAAAACGUAGCCAAAAAUAGUCUCAAUUGAUAUGUUUUAUCAGUUUUUACUAAUAUUGCAUCAUAACGAAGUUAUAUGAAAAAUUCAUUUUCCGUCGUCAACGUAAAAUGUCCCUGGCAGCACUGCUCCAUCGGAAUUCAAUCAGACUAAUUGCAAUAACUUCAGUUCUAGAGCUGAUCCUUGUAACUGUUAUAACUCAAAUGAAAGCCAAUAGUCACAUUUAUUAGUCUUACUUGUUUUUGUGAGGAAAUCUUGCCUCAAUCAAAAGUUAUAGCUGUUUAAAAACGUUGUUGUCCACAAACAACAUGGGCAUGAAUGGGUUAAGUAGUAGCAUUCAAACAUGUUAAAUUAAUUUUUAAUUCCGCGGUAUAAACCUGCGUUGAAGAUGUAUUCCUUAUGUUAUACUAAACUAUCUAAAAAGUGGCUUGGGAGUGCUCAAGUCCCCCUCUCUUCUUCUUAUCAUUUUCUGACUACGUCUACGUUAUUCAGCAAUCCAUUCUGAACAUUUCAUUCAAAGGUACCAAGACUGCGAUGACUAUAUUCUCAUUUAUUUAAGUUUAAAGUAUCGGUGUCGGUAUAAGAUUUAAAAUCGUUAUAACUAUUUUUUGAAAACUCCUAGCUAGUUACUGUCUUCGAUAAAGUUAUUAACCAAGGUUUAAACUAUAGUUGUAUAAAACCGGUUUUUCAUAUUGAGUGAAAUAGCAAAUUUUGCAUUUUUUAACAUAAAUGCAAAAUAAUUGAUAAUCCCAUAAAACUUUGAACGCAAUGCGCAAACCCGGGAAGCAACCGACCGCUUCCAAAUUUUGUACAUGCAUUUGGGACCACAAAAAGGAACUCAAAAAGUGCUGCGCUGAAAAAUGUCAUAUGUCGAGCCACUCUAGUUUAUUCCCCCUCCUGGUUGAGUUCAAUAUUCAUCUCUCUAUCGUUAUCUAUCAGAGGAAGUAGUACGUCGCUGCUUGGUAAUUCAAUAUGUCCGUACACUACAGUUUGCAAGAACAUGACAACUACUCAGUACAACUCUACUACGGCGUAGCGUAGCUGGCCAUGGAAGCAAGCAGGAAUCAAAACAACAACAAACAGUGAAUGUAGAGAAUGGGCUUACAGUGACGCGAAAUUGUUCUAAAUGUUGAUAAAACAAUUAACUUUAAAGUUUUAGUAGAAAAACUCUAGUAAGAGAACUGCGGAGAGAAAAACAGCAUUCUCUUUCUAGAGUUUUUCUAAGUUUUAGUACAUUUAUUCACUGAUGCCAGGCGUAUAGGUUACGUGUAAUCUUUUAUGUCGAUAUAUACACGUUGCAAAUCAGCUCAGCACUAUGCAAGCUGUGGUUUACCUUGACUAAUAUGAAUUUUUACCCUUUAUUUUCCGACAAGCUCUCGCUGAUCGACUAGUUGCAGGGGGACUGCCCCGGCAGUGCUCCUUUGCAUUUAGCUAGGCUGUGAAUGGCCCAUGUAGACACCUACCGCUAGUAACAAUUGUGGUUUUAUAGCACUCUUGAAACCGCACUUAAAACUGAGACGAAAGAUACAGUGUUCUUCUUGGCGAUUAACGGCUAUGGUGUCCUUUAGGUCCUUUUUGUUAUACCGGGAAAGUCCGUGGAUCCUGCUUGGCGAUUAGCUAUCCCUUUUCGGUGUUCCUACACUAAGAGUACCCGAACCAUGGGCCGGCUCUAUUCGACGGAUUUCGACGGAUUUAACUUGCCAUCGCUCGCACGCACUUCACGGUUUGUUACUGAGGCGUUAAAUCGCUGGUAUAAAGGCACGAUAUCUUAAUAGUGGGUCCACCACUUACCUGUCAGUGUCAUUCCAAUCGCAAACGAGAGCUGUCAAUGGCCCUCGAUCGAGAAGGAUUUGGAGAGAUUAUCCUCGAUUCGAAUUGGAAUGACAGGUCAUGAGUCCGAUUGUAAUGACACUGACAGAGAAAUGAUAAACAAAAGAUUGACUAUUCAGAAAGUCUGCAUCGCUAACCAAAACAUUCGACGACGUUUUUUCGUUUUUCGUCAACUGAGAGCAUAGUCAGCACACUCUUGCAUCGCAAGAAGGGUAUUGCAACCUGUCUAAACCUAUGUUACUCAAACACAAAUAUGACAA